AUGAGUGACAUCGUAGCGAUUAUUAAUCUCGUUAAUAAGUUUGCCUUUGCUUACUCGUUAGAGAAUGCAGAUUUAUCGGUAAAGACAUUAUUGUCACUUUUUACAGAUGACGCUACAUUCUUUGAGGAACUUGUGGGUGGUAUCUGCACGGGUAAAAGUGAGAUUGAAGCAGCGCUACAGGAAUUGGCCAAGCUCAAGUUUGUGACUGAAACGCGUCAUUUACCCAGUGGUCAUGUCGUUGAGCUAUUGGACACUGACAAUGCCAAAGUGUCAAGCCAUACUACCGUCUUUUGGAAGUGUACCCCUGUCAUGGUCGUCACAUGGACGGAUGUACUGGUCAAGUGUGAUGGCCAAUGGCUUUUCCAAAGACGGGAAGCUGAUGCUGUCCAGAAGAACCUCGAGAUGAUUGGAGAGAUGCAACUUCGUGGCAAAAAGCAAUACUCACACAAGGAUGAUGAAGCUUGA